CCCUGGCGACGGGCUUAGGGUUUGCUAUAAAUCUCCAGAAUCCAUUUCGAUCUCCGCCUCUCCCGUUCUUCCUCACUGUUACUCCUCGCGGAAGGAGAUUGUGGGGAGAAAUCGGGCUUUAGACCGUAAGAGGAGGAACGCUCGACACUAAAACCCUCUCGUAAUGCCUCCCAAGGCCGCAAAGUCGAAGGAUGCCGUCACGGAGCGGCCGAUCCUCGGGCGAUUCUCAUCUCAUCUGAAGAUUGGAAUCGUUGGGUUACCAAAUGUUGGCAAAUCCACUCUAUUUAAUACACUGACGAAAUUGUCAAUCCCAGCUGAGAACUUCCCUUUCUGUACCAUAGAGCCUAAUGAAGCAAGAGUCAAUGUUCCUGAUGAGCGCUUUGAUUGGCUUAGCCAAUUAUACAAGCCAAAGAGCGAGGUGUCAGCUUUUCUUGAAAUUCAUGACAUAGCUGGACUAGUGAGAGGGGCUCACGAAGGGCAGGGCCUAGGAAAUAGUUUCCUAUCUCAUAUUCGUGCAGUUGAUGGAAUUUUCCAUGUUUUAAGAGCAUUUGAAGAUCCAGAUAUAAUCCAUGUUGAUGACACUGUGGAUCCUGUUAGGGACUUGGAGAUCAUAGGUGAAGAACUGCGGCUUAAGGAUGUGGAGUUCAUUGAGAAGAAGUUGGAGGACCUGGAGAAGAGCAUGAAGAGAAGCAAUGAUAAGCAACUCAAAAUUGAACAUGAAUUAUGUGAUAGGAUAAAGGCAUGGUUGAACGAUGGUAAAGAUGUGCGCCUCGGUGAUUGGAAAGCUGCAGAUGUUGAGAUUUUGAACUCUUUCCAGUUGCUAACUGCUAAGCCUGUUGUCUAUUUGGUGAACAUGAAUGAGAAGGACUACCAAAGAAAGAAGAACAAGUUUCUUCCAAAGAUACAUGCCUGGGUGCAGGAGCAUGGUGGUGAGCCUAUUAUACCUGUCAGUUGUGUUUUAGAAAAGAAGCUGGUAGAUAUGCCAGAGGAUGAAGCUGCUAAAUACUGUGAGGAAAACAAGGUACAAAGUGUUUUACCGAAAAUCAUAAAGACUGGUUUUGCUGCAAUCAACCUAAUAUACUUCUUCACAGCUGGGCCAGAUGAGGUGAAGUGUUGGCAAAUCAGACGGCAGACAAAAGCCCCUCAAGCAGCUGGUGCUAUUCACACUGAUUUCGAAAGAGGUUUCAUUUGUGCCGAGGUCAUGAAGUUUGAUGAUCUAAAAGAACUUGGCAGUGAAUCAGCAGUCAAAGCUGCUGGGAAAUAUAGGCAGGAAGGAAAGACGUACGUGGUUCAGGAUGGGGACAUAAUCUUCUUCAAAUUCAACGUUUCCGGUGGCGGGAAAAAGUGAUGUCUGUUUUCGAAGGAUGAUUGCUUUCUUCAUAUCCUUAUUCGGACGGCAAAUUGUAAGAAUAUUGGAACGAUAGGUAGCCUACUUAUUUAAUCGUUUUGAGCCUUUUUAUCUUUUGGAUGUGUGUGUUAUCUCACUAUCACGCUUUGGAUGUAGAAUCAAAAUCGACAGUCAGUUGCAAAAUCAAAGCACCAAAGUGGUGGAUUGAAUCA